CUUUACAGUCCAUAGCCUUCUCUCUCUCUCUCAUUUUUUAUUAAUAUUAUAAUUUUUUUUAUCCAUGGCUUCUCUCUCUCACUCUACUCUUCCACUCUCUUCUCUCACCACACCUUCUUCCUCUGCCUCCUCUUCCUUCCUCUGUUCUUGUUCUUCCACAUCCGCUCAGUUUCUUCUUUCCAAAUCCCAAUGGUCGUCACUGCCUCGCUUCCUCUGUAAGAGUAGGCCCAAGAAAAAAGCAACGGAUCAUGAAAGGCUCUUGAUGAUCGUCAAUCCCAUUUUGCUGUUUAAUGGUGUGAGCAGUUCCAGUAUCAAUUUCGAUACUCAGACCCUUCUCGUCACUGUUAGUGUUCUCGUCGCAAUUGCUCUCUCCUUGGUUCUUGGUCUUAAGGGGGAUCCUGUGCCUUGUGAGCGUUGUGGCGGCAACGGUGGAACAAAAUGCAUUUUUUGCAACAACGGUAAGAUGAUGCAAGAUAAGGGGUUAACUGACUGCAGAGUAUGUAAGGGCGCAGGAUUGAUACUAUGCAAGAAAUGUGGAGGUUCAGGUUACUCCAAAAGGCUAUGAGCUGUGAAUUUUCUGUUGUUAUUGAGACCAAUCUGUUCUGAAAUUUGUAAGAUCUCAUAACCACUUUUUCCUAAUCUCUUUGUCUAUGGACCAAUGUACUGCCCUGCUUGGCUCCUUCAUCAAUUGUCCUCUUUAUUGUGUCAAAUUGAAGCCUCAAAAGUAAGUCAAAUUUUGAUCUUAUGUUAAAUUCCCAUCAUAAUAUAACUUGGAUCCUCUCAA